AUGGGAAGUCCGCUAGCUCCAAUUUUGGCGAAUUUAUUUAUGGAAAAAUUAGAAAAUGAACACAUACUAAUACCGCAGCAUGGUCAAUUAAUAAAAACUUGGAUUCGCUACGUGGAUGAUAUUCUAAUUAUAGUUAAUGGAUGUACAGAUGACGUACUAGUAUUAUUAAAUAAUAUCAACAGUAUUCAUCCUAACAUAAAAUUUACUGUUGAGCUAGAAAAAGAUAAUAAAUUAGCUUUCUUAGAUGUACUCAUUGAAAAACAUCAAGAUCAUUUAGAAACAUCAGUCUACGGAAAGAAAACAUGUACUCAUUUAUAUAUGAAAUGGGAUUCAUGCAAUCCAAAAUAUCAGAAAAUCGCUCUAAUAAAAUCACUUAUCACUCGAGCAAUUCGGAUUUGUUCAGGAGAAACUCUAUUAAAUGCUGAAAUCAAUUGGAUUAAGACGGUGCUACAUGAAAAUGGAUAUCCAGCACAAUUGUUAGAAAGAAGUAUUAAAACGACAUUCGAAAGAUAUACUAAUAAUAUCCUUUUUAACCUGUCGAAAAAUGCUGAUAAAUCUCAAAGCAUAGUAGAAGGCAAUGUUUGUUUCUAUUACCUGGGUAACGAGUCAAGACAAUUUGUAUCGAACACAAAACGAACUUUGAUUAAAUAUGGAAUUACAAACAUUAGAUUCGGUUUUAGAAAAUAUCAAACAAUAGACAGUGCUUUCUCACAUAAAUAUAAAGGCAAAGAUGAAAGCAAAGUAGGAGUUGUCUAUUGUAUAGAGUGUAAUGAUUGUGCUAAUAUUUACGUCGGUCAGACUGGAAAUGAAAUUGAUACUAGAAUCGAUCAGCAUAAAAAGACACUAAACAAAGUAGAUCCCAAUUCAAAACUGUUCGUUCAUGCCACUGAAGACAAUCAUACAUUAGAACUUGACAAACCAUGUGUUUUGGCUUAUGAAAGAAAUGAAAUCAAAAGAUUACUAAAGAAUACACUGAUAACAUAUCAACAUAAUAAUCUGACAUACAAUGAUAUAUCACUAAAGACGGUCAUGUUCAACUAG